AUGUUUUUGUAUCAAUUUAUGCGAUUUAAGGAGCAGUCAAAACCAAAGUUUCUCGAAGGUAUAUCCAGGUGUGAAAUGGCCGUUGUGACAGUCUCCCCACAAGCUGUCUGUUCAAUCGCCGCUAGCCGCCGACUUAACAUCAAACAAACUGCACACUUAGUGUCGCGUUGUUUGAAACGUUUAGGUGUUAAAUACGUACUCGAUUCAAGUUUCGCAAGACUUUUCACACUUCAGCUAUCAUACGACGAAUUUUUGAGACGUCGAGCUGAGGACAAACCUAUUCUGACAUCUGCAUGUCCAGGAUUUGUUUGUUACGCCGAAAAAACGCAUGGUAAACUACUUGUUCCACAUAUCAGUCGGAUUCGAUCGCCACAAGCCAUCGCGGGCGUUCUGGUGAAAGACUACUUAGCAAAAGUUCUGUCAGUCAAAUCAGAUGCGAUAUUCCACGCAACCAUAAUGCCGUGCUUCGACAAAAAACUUGAAGCGUCACGUCCCGAAUUCGCAAACGAAUCUUCUCGGGAAGUAGAUUGUGUUCUGAGUGCAGCUGAAAUGGAUGAACUAUUGAGUGAAGAAGAGACUGAAAAUGAUGAGGGAAAAAAUGAUGAAAAGGGCGAUUUUGAUGGCGAAGAUGAGAAAUUGAACUGGUUGUCAUCAUUCGAGAGAGGCGAUUUGAUCGGAUCCGCGGACGACGGUGAUGCUUCUGGUGGAUAUGCCAAUUACAUUGUCAAAAGAUUCCUAACCGACCAUUCCAAACCGGAUCAUUCACUCGACAUACGAAGCACGCAAAAAAUGAAAAAUUUGGAUGUGAUCGAAGUGAGGAGCGGAGAUGAAGUGCAGCUGACGGUUGCCAAAUGUUACGGGUUCCGAAAUAUUCAGAAUUUGGUACAAAAAAUGAAACGGGAUAAGGUGGAAUACGACUAUAUUGAGGUGAUGGCAUGUCCGUCGGGAUGUGCCAAUGGCGGCGGCCAAAUACGCGCGUUGAAUAGUGAUCAGAGGCAAGAACUACUCGAAACGGUGUUUCAGAAUUACGAUUCUAUUCCAAUGCAUCAAGUGUCGCUCGAUGCUGAAUUCGAACGCGUUAAACGGCACUGGGCCGUUCUUAACACCGAAUUCGUACAUUUAUGCGAAACAAACUACCACGUUGUUGACAAAAAUAUUAUCGAUAAAGUGAACUUGGGCUGGUAG